CUCUAAUCCUCUUUUCUUUGCCCCCGACCACCUCUCUGCCCGUUCUCCGACCUAUUUUCACCCGGCGAGUCUUUCAGCUAUCCUGCUUUUGAGAAAACAACAUGGCUGGCCCUUCUCACCACGCCUCUUCGCGAGUAUCGCACGCUGCCGGCGCGGCCAGCGGCAAGCGAGGAGCUGCUGCUACCGGCACCGCUGCUGCGAUCGCGGCUGCCAACGCCGGUGCCGCGACUGCCAACGCUGCCGGGGUCGACGAAGCCGGAGUGCCUAUCGAUCCUGUGAACUUCGACACCUUCCCCGACGAUGCGCUGCGCAAGUACCGCGCAUCAUACAGCAUGCCCGACAAGUCCUCGAUCUCGAACCUGGGCAUGCUGCUGAACGGUAAGGUCGGGCAACGGACGUAUUCGUACAAGCACCGGAACCGGAUAACGAAAGAAGAGCUCGCCGGUGCGGUCAAGCGGCAUUUUAUCGCGCAGCCUGCGCGCGAGGUCGAGAUGAUUGCUGGGUUCUUUUACGCCGUGAGGCAUCAGAAUGAGACUCUGAAGCUCAAGUUCCCGCUUCCAUGAGCUCCGCAACAAGUGAUUUAGCUUGAACACCAAGAGACAGUGGCAGGGACUUUGAACAAACCGGGCGUUGGUUUCAUUUUAUUCUACGGCUUUGGUUUUAGCAGUUUUAUCCAGGAGAUUCAUUUUUUUUACUUUGUUGUUUUGUUUGGUUACUGCGGAUCUGUUUUGCGCGGGGUCGUUUGGUUGUUUUUGUCAUCUGGGUAUUAUUUGCAUUUACCGAUUUAGUCAGGUUGACUCAUGUGAAUAAAAAUAAGAAAAAAUCUAAAUAUUGAAAUGAAAAGUAGGCUUAU